AUGCUCGGGGAGGAGGUCAACCUGGAAUGGGCGACGAUGUGCAUCUCACUUUACCCCAUCUUCGAGCCGCUAGCUGUCAUCUAUUUCGUGAAGGAAUACCGCCUAACGCUCCGUCGCGCCAUCUUCGGCACGUCGGCUCGCGGAUCUUCCGUUUCCACGACUGCUGAAGUGACCAACCAGCACUCCAACAGCGACUCGCAGAUGAACAGCUCGACGACGAAGAAAAGCCAGAAU